CCUUUCUAUUUUUUCUUCUUCCCAACGACGAACGUUUGGAAACUUGAAAGGAGCUUUUGAUUGACUGGCCGAUUGUUGACACACAGCGUUUUACAAAACCAUCAACUUCAACAUCCAGAAAUCACAGAUAGGGCUUGUCUCCAUAUUACCAACCAAACGCUACUCCCUGAAUAUAGAUGGGAAACGCUGCCUCUCAAGAUAACUCUCGCUUUAUCGGUCAGGAACAUUUGCAAUCUCCAGAACGUAUUAAUAACUACACUUCCGAUACAAGCCACGGCCAUCAGCAAGGAAAAAACAAAUCAUUAAACAACAAAAAAGGCUUGGUGAAUCAAGAAGAUUUCGAAAGCUCGCCAUCAAAAGUUCAUCCACUUUUAAAUCCAUCCACUAGAGAUAGGUACACAAAACCAAUAAACUCCACCACAAUUAUGGGUCACAACAGUUCAGAUUACAAUCGUGAGGAUGAAAACCCUAUUACACAACAUAAUGAAAAUAGUCAAUCAAAUCAAGAUGUCACUAUGAGUGAUUCUGGCGCCUCUAAUGUUAACCUGAACUCGCAACCUUCUGCAAUGAAUAUUGAUUCUGAAUUAAAUCCUGAACAAGAACAAGAACAAGCUGAACCAGAACAUCAACCAACUCCAAGAAGGAGAUCAACAAUGAUAUUGACUGAUGAUCCAGAGUUUGAAAAAUUAAAAACUAAGAGCGCUAAUCUUGAUAUAAAUAAUGAAGAAUCAAUUUCAAAACUAGAAGAUCAUAACAAUUCCCAAGAUUCUCAACAUAAUAACAAUACAAUUCCUUUUGAAAUAGUAUGGGUGCAAGGCGGUGAAAAUGUAUUUAUCACAGGUUCAUUCACUGGUUGGAGAAAGAUGAUUAAGCUGACUAAAGAAACUGAUGAGAAAUUUUCAAUUAAAUUGAAGCUACCAGUUGGUACACAUCGUUUUAGAUUUAUUGUUGAUAAUGAACUACGAUUUUCUGAUUAUCUCCCAACAGCCACUGAUCAAAUGGGUAAUUUUGUCAAUUAUAUUGAAAUCCAACAACCUGAUGUUCAAAUGGGCCAAGAUGAUUCUCAACAAAAUGAAUACACUCAAGAUCAAUCACAAGGUCAAGAGCAUGGUGAACAAAAAGUUGGAAAACCUUCAGACGAAGACCGUAGGGAUUCCAAUCUAGGAUUGACAAAUGAUGAUGAUGAUAUGGGUAACGGUUAUUCAAGAUUUCAUGAAGAACAAUCAUCAAAACCAAAUUUGAAUUAUAUAAAAGAUAUUCCUGCAAUCUUUACAGAUCCAUCAGUUAUGGAACAAUAUUACCUGACAUUAGAUAACAAUGCUCAAAAUAAUCAAAAUCAAUCUUGGUUAACCCCUCCACAAUUACCACCUCAUUUAGAAAGUGUCAUUUUGAACAAUUUUUCAACAACUGAUAAAAGUAAUUCAAGUGGUGCUUUACCAAUUCCAAAUCAUGUUGUUUUGAACCAUUUGGCAACCACCAGUAUCAAACACAACACUUUAGCUGUUGCUUCUGUCGUUAGAUAUAAAAGGAAAUAUGCUACACAAGUUUUAUAUGCUCCAUUGCAAUGAUAGUGAGCAGGAAACAAGGAAAAGUUAGAGAAAAUAAAAACUACAACAAAG